AUCUGUCGUGAAAACACAGCGGUUGGGUCAGUACAAGCAGUCUAGUACAGAAAAUUGGACUUGGCCAGAAGGUUAUAUUGUUGGCCAGUAAAGAGUAGCUUUUCUUAUCUUUUCAUACGGUCGUAUAAUUAGCUAAGUGCUAAGCGUGCGCCUAAGAAGACAACAUGUGCUUUUUAGUCAUCAUUAGACUGGCGUGGAACGAGGACAAUGUCAGCCGGAAUAACCAACAGAGCUUUCAAUGAGGAAGGCGAUAAAAUUGAAAAUGAUAACACAGUCGAAAUACCUUGCUGUAUAGUAGAUAAGUCAGUAGUAGACAAAGAUCCCGAUGUUGAGGAGGAAAGCAUGAUGCAGCGAUUUAUUAGGAAUAACCAUGUUCCCCUGUACCUUCUACGGCUUGCUGUUAUAAACCUUCUUGCUCUAGUAUACUUCAUAUCUGCUACAGUUUACUGGUUAACAGCGAAAGCCGACGCCGAUUACGAUUGGUGUACUGGUUAUGGAAUGUUGAUAUUAAUUUAUGUGUUUACUUAUGGAAGCAUAUUUUAUCGCUUGGGGAUCAAAAGAUUCUGCUGUAAACCGCUUUCUCACUUAUUAAGACCUUUUUUUCGAUGUCUCAAGAAUUCUAAUAAAUACGGCAUAGGAGAAAUCAUUCUUUGUUUAUGCAUAAUGGCUGGAAUUGCUGUAUUUUUGGCAAUAGACACUGUCAACUCUAGAGGUAGACUGAUGGGUUUCUCUGGAGUUGCGUUAAUGAUGACGUUAGGAUUUAUUUUUUCAAAGCAUCCAACAAAGAUCAACUGGAGAACUAUUGUUUGGGGCCUAAUUAUCCAGUUUGCUUUCGGCCUCAUUUCCAUAAGAUGGCCGAUCGGUAGAUCUAUCUUUCAGUGCCUGUCUGAGAAGAUCGCGACAUUCCUCGACUUUGCAAAAGAUGGUGCUAUUUUCAUAUUCUCGGACGAUCUCGUCGAGCGGGACAUUUUCGCUUUUACCGUUCUGCCAGUUCUAUUUUUCUUUAGCUUCGUAGUGCAGAUUCUUUAUUACUUGGGGAUAAUGCAAGCUGUGAUAAAGAGUAUAGGAUGGGGUCUGCACGCGGUCCUCGGCACGACGGUCUGCGAAUCUCUACACGCUGCGACUACUCUAUUCUUAGGCAUGCCGGAAUCGUUCCUAGUAAUCGAGCCGUACUUGAACAAACUCACAGGAUCUGAAAUUCACGCAAUCAUGUGCUCGUGCUUUGCGACGACGUCUGGAACUGUCAUGGCUGCCUAUAUAUCGUUCGGAGCUCAGCCAGUUCACUUGAUAACUGCGACAGUAAUGUCAGCGCCAGCCGGGUUGCUAUUUGCCAAAUUGUUGUACCCGGAAACGAAAACGAGUUCAACACAUUUCAAUAAUAUUAUCUUAAAAAAGUCGGAAGAAUCAAGCCUGCUGGACGCUGCAACAAAAGGAGCUUUAUCUGCGAUCCCGUUAGUCUUAGGAAUAAUUGCAAAUAUAAUAGCUUUUGUAUCGGCGAUAGCAUUCAUAAAUGCUAUUCUUGCCUGGAUGGGUGGGCUUGUUGGAUUUCCUGACUUGACUUUCGAGCUUAUCCUAGCCAAAGCGUUCAUCCCGCUGAGUUACAUCAUGGGCGUUCCGUGGGAGGAAUGCGAAACGGUUGGAACCCUCAUCGGUUUAAAGACCAUCGUAAACGAGUUUGUUGCUUACCAGAAGCUCGGCCAGUUCAAAAAAGAUGGAAAACUGACUUUCAAGGCGGAGGCUAUUGCCACUUAUGCGAUUUGUGGAUUCUCCAAUCCAUCGUCCCUCGGCAUUAUGAUCGGGAGCUUGUCAACCAUGGCGCCUGACAAGAGGAAAGAUAUCGUACAGUCGGUGUUCAGGGCAUUCAUUGGAGGUUGCGCUGUGUGUUUCCUAACAGCGAGUAUUGCUGGUAUGCUGAUUGACGAAGAAUCUUUUAAACCUAACGGAAUCUUAUUUCAGCACAUAACGUUAUGACAUUAAGAAAGCUUAAACUAUUGGCUGAACGACCGUCUCUACGUGUGCAAGUUUGAAGAUACGACAAAAGAUCUCUUUCUAUACUAAUAUAAACUGUAUUAUAAUAAUAAUAUAAAAUAAAUCGUUUUUUACUUUAUUCUAA